GGUUCCCGUAAUACCGGUAUCCGUCUAUAGACUCGCUUCACUUUCACAGUCUCACUCUCAGCUCUACGAUCAGCGGUUUGUUCGACGCAGACAUGUGUACGUGGUUCCCCAGCGCCUUUCGGGCUCUUGCUGCGCUGUCCGUGCUGUCCGUCGUCGACGGUUAUUCCUAUCACAUACAAAAGGAAUGCCGCUACAGCUCACAGGACCUGAAGGACACCGAGUUUCUCGAGAGACGUAUCUUUAACAAGCAGGAGUGGCUGAGGUAUAACAGCACUCUGAAUGAGUACAUUGGUUACACUGACAUCGGAGUGAAAAAUGCAGACAGAUUCAACAAAGACGAAGCAGAACUGGCAGGAGUGCAUUCCAACCUGGACGCAUACUGCAAGAACAACGCUGAGAAGUACUUUAAGGCCAUACUGUGGAAUAAAGUUGAACCCACUGUCAAGGUCAAAACUGUAAAGGCCUCCAGUGAAAGGCACACCACGAAGCUGCAGUGCAGUGCGUAUGACUUCUACCCCGAAGGAAUCAAACUGAAAUGGCUGAGGAACGGAGAGGAGGUGACACGUGAUGUGACCUCCACCGAGGAGCUUUAUGAUGGAGACUGGUAUCACCAGAUCCACUCCUAUCUGGAGUUCACACCCCAGUCUGGAGAGACCAUAGAGUGUCAGGUGGAUCACAGCAGCUUCAGCCAGCCCAAGACCUAUAAAUGGGACCCAUCACUGCCUGAAGGGGAGAGAAACAAGGUGAUCAUUGGCGCCUCUGGUUUGGUGCUUGGUCUCGUGUUCUCCAUCGCUGGAUUGGUCUAUUACAAGAAGAAGUCGACUGGGAGAAUUCUGGUACCUUCAAGUUAAGGUGUAGAAGAAGGGCCUGGAUUGUGGGGAUGUGUUUGAUUACUCAGGAUGAUUCAUGUUUUCGUCAUUAACAUUAUGUAUUUUCUAAGUCUUAUAUGCAUGAAUACAGUCAAAUGUAAAAUUCUGUAAUCGUAAAUGGCACAAGUUUAAUAUUUUUAUAUGUAACAAAUAUUACUGUAUUUCCAGACAAGGGCUAGGGUUCUCUGCUGUAUGUGUAUCCUUUGCUGCAUUGGGUUUGAUGUCAUAACAGGUACAUUUCAGUUUUGCACAGCAAGGGAGGAGGUAGCAAUCGUGCUUAGAAUUAAUUCUUUCCAUUAAAAAUCCAUAUUUAUUGGUAUAUUGAUAUAGUAAUGAUGCAGAAUUUUAAGAAUGGAUUCCUAUGUGAAGUAUUCACUGCUUCUUGUGAGGAGUCAGUAUAUUGUGAUCAGAUUCACUGUUAAACAGCAGGUCUCAGCUGGAACCCAGCAGUUUAUAAGCCAAAUUAUGGAAGACUUUGUGAAACGGCAAAAGCAGAAUUACAUUUAGUUUUCUUUCCCAGAAAAUAUAUUUUCCUAGAUUAAUUCCCACUGACUUGCUGGCUGGCUUAUGACAUUAAACCAAAUUUUAAAAAUUACUUGACAACUAGUCUCAAAUUGAUAAAAAAAAAAAGUUUUCAAUUAAAUAACCAGAUAGCCUUCCAUUGAAUAGGAUAUAAUCCCUUUUUGAUCAAAAAAUUGAUCACAACAAUAUUUGUAUUUGUAUGUAUUGCACCAGUUUAACAGUUUUAUCUUUAGAUUCUGUAUAAAUCAAUUUAAUCAGUAAUAAAAUUAUCACUUUAUUUAACAUUUAA